AUGGGUUCCAUUCCGGCAACACGCUCUCGCUUCGAGGCCGUCGACCACAAGCCUCUAGGCGGCCCCUUCAAGAUCGAGGCGGCGUAUCGCGGCGACACCAGCGAGGAUAAGGUCAACCUGGGCAUUGGCGCGUACCGUGACGAUGCAGGCCAGCCAUGGCUGCUCCCGUCCGUGGCCGAGGCCAAGAAGCGCAUGGACUUGCCCUCGUGCACCCACGAGUACUCGCCGCUGCACGGCCUAGACGCCUUCAUCGAGCCCGCGCGCCGGCUCGUCUUUGGCGCGGAGCUGGACCCCGAGAUCGCCCCCUUUGUCGCGUCCAUGCAGACCGUGUCGGGCACCGGCGCCAACAGCAUCAUCGCAAAGUUCCUCGCCCGCUGGAUCCAGCCCCAGCAGAUCUGGCUGCCCGCCCAGACCUGGGACAACCACCCGCACAUCUGGCGCCAGAACGCUCCGGCCAUCCAGGUCCGCGACUACCCCUACUACGACCAGAAGACGUGCAGCCUCGACUUUGCCGGCCUCAUGGCCACCCUCGAGCGCGACGCCAAGGAGGGCGACGCCAUCCUCCUCCACGCCUGCGCCCACAACCCCACGGGCAUCGACCCGACCGAGAACCAGUGGAAGGACAUUGCCCUGCUGUGCGAAAAGAAGCGCAUGUUUGUCGUCUUUGACUCGGCCUACCAGGGCUUCGCCUCCGGGAACCUCGACAAGGACGCCUGGUCCAUCCGCCACUUUGCCACCCACCCCGACCUCGAGUUCGCCGUCUGCCAGUCCUUCUCCAAGAACCUCGGCCUCUACGGCGAGCGUGUGGGCGCCCUCCACAUUGUCACCUCGAGAAACGCCACCCCAAGCGUCGCCCUCGCCAUCCGCUCCCAGCUCGUCGAGAUCCACCGCGGCGAGGUCUCCAUCGCCCCGGCCUUUGGCGCCCGCGUCGCGACCACCGUCCUCACCAGCGAGGAGAUCUUUAGCCAGUGGCUCGAGGACCUGGUCCUCAUGAGCGGCCGCAUCAAGGCCAUGCGGCAGGCCCUCUAUGACGAGCUCGUCGCCCUCGGCACCCCGGGCUCCUGGAAGCACGUCGUCGAGCAGACGGGCAUGUUCUCCUACACGGGUCUGUCCACGGACCAGGUCACCGUCAUGCAGGAAAAGUUUCACAUCUACAUGCUGCCCACCGGUCGCAUCUCCAUCUGCGGCCUGCGCGAUGCGAAUGUGAAAUAUGUCGCGCGGGCCAUUGACAACGUCGUGCGCGAGGGCAAGGCGUGA